AUGAAAAAGAUUCCGGAUAAUACGGAUGCUACAGCUGCGCUGCAACGCAUCGCUACUGUUGUUAUCGAGAGACGCUGGCGUGGGUUCUACCCGCAGCGAUAUCAAAGCUACUUAAACAAAUUUCAACGGCGAGGGAUUACGAUGACUCAGUAUGGAAACGAACAAUGCAACAGUAAUAGCAACAAUCAUCGUGAUGAUGACGACGGCCAUUAUCAUCAUGGUGAAGAUAGUGUCCACCACUCGCCACUGCCAACGUUCAAGAAAGCGCUCCGGGUCGUUACAUCUCACAGUACGCGUACGAGGCUUCGACAUAACAGCAAACUCGGGAAGCAACGGAAGACAUACGAUUAGGUGAACAGUAAUGCCAAUGUCAAUCAUCAAGUUCAAACUAUGUUUUUAUCUCCUUCUCUCACAUUUCCUAUAUAUAUAUAUAAAUUGGAAUGCUUUGUGCAGUCUUAGGCGAUAUGAGGAAUUAAACAGAGGCAAGAUCAUAGCAGGGCUCAGGGGGCUUAAGUUACUAACUCGUUCAUACUAUUUUACGUUAUCGCGUAGAAGGAUUUCUGGGGUGCAA